AUUACAUUACAUAUCCCAUCUCAGAGCAGCGUACAAGGACACGGAAUCAGCGAAAAGGCACGAGCUCACGAUCGAGCUAGAUCAAGCUAAGCUAGCAGUAAGAUCGGAAGGAGAAAUCUAGUCGUUGUUGGUCAUAGACAAGGAAAAAAAAAACAAGCCAGAAACCGAUGGGGAACUGCGGGGCGUCGCAGCGUGCCGUGGAGUCGUGGGCCGACGGCGACGAGUGGGAGGACGAGGCGGCGGCGUCGUCAUCGUCGGAGGACGAUGGCCACCGCGAGCGGAUGGAGCACGUGGCAGAGGUGACCAUCAGGAUCACCAAGAGGCAGCUGCACGAGCUGAUGGAGCGCAAGGGCGCCGGGAAUGGCCACGGGAAGAUCAGCCGGCGGUCCACGCAGCAGCUGCUGGCGGACAUCAUGAACUCCGGCGAGGUGCACCACCACGACCAGCACAGGGAGGCGCACUGGAAGCCCGCCCUGCAGAGCAUUCCGGAGGCCGUGGAGUCAUGAGUUCCAUUCUACGCCUUAAGCUUGGUGGUUAAGUCGCCGCUUGAUUAUUUUUCCAAGAAGUUUGUCGCUUUCCUCCAUGUUUCUUUUCCAUGACCACAUUUUCUUUACUCUGCACCAGAUUUAAUUUCGGUGCUUAUUGAUGUGCAUAGCUAGAAUACAUUUGGGUUAAUUCAUCAAUUGUUCAGACAGGACAUGUACAAAAAUCCGCGCGCUCAAAAAGAAGUCGAAGAAUAUGUAAAUAAAUGUAGGGGAAAUCAUUGUAAAGAUAUUUUACAAUUGUAUAAAGAAGGCUAAUUUGAGGAAUACGCUCCACUGUGGGAAUUGCA